UGUGUAACUCUUUGUUAAUUAUAUGCCUUCUCGACUCUAUAGAGAUGUUUCUCAAAAAGAUGAAGGUGGUAAUGAGAAUAACAGAGAAACGCCAUCUAUCAAACGGGCUGUCGGAAAGAGGGAGAGGAAGGAUGGACCCUCUGUUACUUCACCUUAUAUGCCUCUAGAUCAACCAAAGGAAGGCACAAAGAAGAGACGUGUCAUCCAGAUAUUGGAUAGUCCUGAUGGGAAAAAAAAGUACAAAAAUGAAGAAGGCUUCAUACCUACAUCUAGAGACUAUCCAGGUAAGGCACUGGCGUUUGAUUAUGAGAACAAAUUAAUUGAAGACUUUCUACAAUCGAGAAUGAACAGUGAUACGUACAUUUGGAAGUGUGCCGAAGCAAGCGUAUCUCGCUUAGAUGCUUAUAUACUAUUAACGGGAGGUGAACUCAGUGACGAUGUGAUCGAUGCAUUUGUUAUUCGGCUUUGUAACAAGAUUGAAACAACUGAUAGUUAUGAUCGAAAGAUACAUGUCACAAGACCUUGGCUUGCACAAGCAUUUCUAGAAGGAAAUCUUGAAAUGGUGGCAAAACGAAUGAAGGAAAAUGUUUCUCAGCAGAAGUUCUUGGAGUGUGAAAGAAUUCUGAUCCCGAUUGUCAGCUCCGGACAUUGGCACCUGGUAGAGUUAGUGAGAGAGGAGACAAAAUUCUAUCACUACUCCUCAAUCAACUCCCCCAUUUAUACCGCCGAUGCUGUGAAAUUUAUAAAUAAGUUUAUGAGUUUCAUUGAGAGUAAUUGGGGAUUGGGGAAAUUGGAGCAUCAUGGUCUUGUGUCAGUUGCCGUGCCACAACAAGGACCAACGUUAGAUUGCGGGAUCUUUAUGAUGGAAUUCAUUAACAGCAUUGUCGAAAAAUGGUCGAUAACAAUUUCAAAAGGAGAUUGUGCAAAAUAUAGAGCAAGGUUUUGUGCUGCUCUUUUAUAUGUCUCCCAAGAGAUCUCGCGUCAUUCGAGGCCGUUUGGCGACUCAGUCGCCCGAGCCGGCGCCGUUCAGCUGCACAGGUAUAUCAUAACUGCCUCUUUUAUUCAUGAGUUAAAUACCGAGAUAUCAUACUGCAUGUUGCAUCCCCGCUUUGUUCUCCUUGUUGAAUUUCUCUCGAGGCAAUUUAGCGCUCAUUCGGUAGAGGGCCGUUGUAGUGAGGCUUAUGCCUCUACUGAUGAGCCAAUCCCUGUUCCGGUGGCUCCUCAGUUUGUUCCAGGUGUCCCAGAAGAGCUUCCACGGUUAAUACGGAAAGGAGAGCGCCAUAGUUUACGACAACUUAUCACGGACGCGCCGCUAGUGAAGGACCCAAGUUCUACGCACCCGCUACGAAAGCCAGAUUAUUUGUUUGGGGAUUCUAUAGAAGAUCCCGCCGCUGUUUUUCUUGGGAUGGAGCAGUGGCUGCAUCACGACGACGGUGGCCACCUAUACCUUCCUCCGAUUCCUUGCCACCGUUGCUCGCCGAGCUUCGGAGUCAAGCUGUCCCUUGGGAGAUGUCAUGGAGAUUAA